AUGGUGUAUCUUGUUUUUCCAUGCAGAGCUCCACACAGGAGAUUGGAGAAGAGCUGGAGGAUGGUGUGAUCUACAGCAUAUCCCUCCGGAAAGUGCAGCUCCACCACACGGCCAACAAAGGGCAGCGCUGGCUGGGGUUUGAGAAUGAGUCAGCCUUAAACCUCUACGAGACGUGCAAGGUGCGGACGAUCAAAGCCGGGACCUUGGAGAAGCUGGUGGAGUACCUGGUCUCAGCCUUCAAGGGCAAUGACUCCACCUAUGUCACCAUCUUCCUGUGCACCUACCGGGCCUUCGCCACCACCAAGCAAGUGCUGGACCUGCUGCUGAACAGGUAUGGCAAACUCCACGUGCAGGCGAAUGGGGACCACGCCAGGCACACUGUGGAUGAGAGGAUGGAGCUGAAGAACACCAUCUCCUCCAUCCUGGGGGCCUGGCUGGACCAGUACUCGGAGGAUUUCCGCAAGCCCCCCGACUUUGCCUGCCUGAAGCAGCUCAUCUCCUACGUGCGCCACAACAUCCCCGGCUCCGACCUGGAGCGCCGAGCCCGCAUCCUGCUGGCCCAGUUCCAGCAGCAGGAGCAGAGCGAGGCCGAGGCAGAAGCUGUGGACCACAGCAGCUGCACCUUCCAGCUGGUGGAAGAGAAUGGGGUCAGUGAUGGGAAGCCAGAUUUCCUCUCCUUCUCCCCAGAGAUGGUGGCAGAGCAGUUCACACUGAUGGAUGCUGAGCUGUUCAAGAAAGUGGUGCCUUACCACUGCCUGGGCUGCAUCUGGUCCCAGAGGGACAAGAAGGGCAAAGAGCACCUGGCCCCCACCAUCCGUGCCACGGUCUCCCAGUUCAACAGCGUGGCCAACUGUGUCAUUGCCACUUGUCUUGGGGACAGGUCCCUGAAGCCACAGCAGAGGGCCAAGGUGGUGGAGCGGUGGAUCGAAGUGGCUCGGGAGUGCCGCAUCCUGAAGAACUUCUCCUCCCUCCGAGCCAUCCUCUCAGCCCUGCAGUGCAACGCCGUGCACCGGCUCAAGAAAACCUGGGAUGAGGUCCUGAGGGAGAGCUUCCGCACAUUCCACGAGCUCUCCGAGAUCUUCUCCGACGAGAACAACCACUCGCUGAGCCGGGAGCUUCUCAUCAAGGAGGGCACAUCCAAGUUUGCCACCUUGGAGAUCAACCCAAAGAGGGCUCAGAAGCGGCAGCAGCAGCAGCGAGAGAUGGGUGUGAUGCAGGGCACCAUUCCCUACCUUGGCACCUUCCUGACGGACCUGGUGAUGCUGGACACGGCCAUGAAGGAUUUCCUGGAUGGUGGGCUGAUCAACUUUGAGAAGAGAAGGAAGGAGUUCGAAGUGAUUGCACAGAUCAAGCUGCUCCAGUCAGCCUGCAACAACUACAGCUUCACACAGGAGGACCAGUUUGUGGAGUGGUUCCACAGCCUGGAGCGGCUCAGCGAGGCCGAGAGCUAUGGGCUGUCGUGUGAGAUUGAGCCGCUGUCAGAGUCAGCCAGCAACACGCUGAAGGCCAAGAAGAACACGGGCAUCAUCAAGAGAUGGAGCGACCGGCAGCCACCAAGCACGGAGCCCUGUGCCAGCGGCAGCUCCCACUCGAAAUCCUUCGACCAGCUCAAGUGUGGGCAGUACCUGUGCAGUGGGGAUGCCACUGACUCAGUGAGUGUCACCUCUGCUGGCUCCAGCAGCUCUGACGUGGAGGAGAUCAACAUCAGCUUCAUCCCCGAGUCCCCCGACUGCCAGGAGAAGAAGGUCAGUGAGAUCCCUCUGGCCUCCCUCCCCCAGCGCUGGUACGCCCCGUCUGUGGCCGAUGGAGAAGCUAAACCCACUGUGUCCUCCGCAUCCCCUCUCCUCCCUGCCCUCCAGUUCUGGGAAUCCACCUCCCUCUCUUCCCUGGACACGUCAGGCAUCGGCUCAGGCUCCAGCAGUGCCUCCUCCUCCUCCGUCUCCUCCACGCCGGUGACGGCCUCCCGCACUCACAAGCGCUCGGUCUCCGGCAUCUCCAGCUACUCCUCACUCUCGCUGCCCCUCUACAACCAGCAGGUCGACGACUGUUGCAUCAUCCGAGUCAGCCUGGCUGUGGACAACGGCAACAUGUACAAGAGCAUCCUGGUGACGAGCCAGGACAAGACCCCCGUGGUUAUUCGCAAGGCCAUGGCCAAACACAACCUGGAUGGGGACCGGCCUGAAGAUUAUGAGCUUGUCCAGAUCAUCUCAGAGGAGAGAGAGCUGAAGAUCCCCGACAACGCCAACGUCUUCUACGCCAUGAACUCCGCUGCCAACUAUGACUUUGUGCUCAAGAAGCGGGGCUUCUCCAAGGGGGUGAAGAUCAAGCACGGCUCCAGCUCCACCCUGCCCAGGAUGAAGCAGAAAGGCCUGAAGAUCGCCAAGGGCAUCUUCUAGCCUCAGCCCCACUGCCACCCAUCACCGACGGGGCCUUGGGGGCAGCUGCUCCGGGCUUGGCUCUGGCCACUCCUUGUGCCACCCUGCAGGGCAGAGGAGUGACCCUCACCCACGGGCGACGGCCGUGCACCUCCUUCCGCACCCAGAGCUGAGAGUUGGGCAACUGGUGUUGGCCUCUGCCUCUCUCUGCACAAGCCCCCAUUCCAAUCAGGUCUUUUUUUCUACACAGGAAGGCAGCAGUGGGGGGGAUUUGUCUAUUUUGUUUUGUUUUGUUUUUUAACCUUCCACGGUGCGACACUCGGCCAGCCCGGCCAGCCCAGAGCUGGAGCCCGCCUCUGCCGUAGGUGCCUUGUGUCUGAGCGAGCCGAGGAGCAGUGACUUGCAGAGGGGCUGUGACAAAGCACAGCAGGAGCCACCAUCACCCUGGAAGGGGCUGCCAAGCCUCCUUCCCAGCUUUCCCAGUGUUACCUCCAUGUCUGUCCUCCCUGGGAUCACUGGCGUUGCCACCACUGCACAGCUCUGCCUGUCCUUGUCGUUCCUUUGGGAGAAGCCACGGAUGCCCUGGGCUGGGAGUGAGCUGGAAGGAUGCAGCCCUGCACCAGUGCUGAGCCCCGUGGAGGAGCCUGUGGCCGUGCCACGAUGGAGUGGGUGCCUCGUGCUCUCCCCAGCUGGAAGCCUGCGUGGUCUCGCUCCUCUCCCGAUCCAGCACAUCCUGCAGCUGGACUGGGCCAGUUCAAACUUGCACCAAAGAUCAAAUGCCAGUGUCUCUUCUGCCAAGGGGGAGCUUCAGGCUGUGCCCCCAGCGCUGCCAGCCUGAGGAGGAGGAGAGCAAAGUUCUGUGUGAAACUGUGUAAAUAGAGACUUUGGGUCUGUGUGGGCACAGAGGGGCCAGAGAGCUCAAGGUGCUCCAGGUGCCCCAGCUGCCACUGCCUGACCCACAGAAAGUGCCACUCACCUUGGGCUUUAACCGGACUUUUUCAAACACUGACCAUGGGAGAAGCAGCAAUGAGACUUUUUUUUUUGUAUAAAACAAAAAAGUUUACUGAUUUUUUUUUCCAGUAUUUAUUGGUUGUAAAUAGAAGAGGUAAACUUGUACAUUUUACUAAUCCAGCCUUCCCCUGCCCCGCAGCCCAGUCCCUGUCCUGUGUCCCCCUGGUAUUUAAGGCUGCUGGGAGGGAUGCUGGCAGCAGCAGCAUUGCUGUGCUCAUAGGGUGCAGACCCUGCCAGCCCCCCCUCCCAAAUUCUCUACCACUAAUUGCUCGAGCAGGGGCAGAGAUGCCUGUUUUAACCAUUGUAGGAAACACUAACCAAAGGGGGACCUUUUGUUGCUCCUGCCUCCGUCUCUGUUUUUUAAGCUCGUCAUUCCAGCAGAUCUUUUCCGUUUCCCACCCGUCAGCGUUCCCAGAUGGUUGUGGUGCCUUCCCCUGCUCCAGGACAGGGAGCACCCUCCAGGGGCUGGUGAGGAAGAGGCUGCUUGGGUGUGAGCGUGGCUGGCACGGAGCUCCUCCAGCCCCAGCGCUGCCCAUGAUGCACAUGAUGGGAGCUCGUGGCUCCCUGACGCACGGGCAGCCUCCUGCCUCCCCCCUGCCCAAAGCCCCUUCCCCUGGGCACCAGCACCACCCCUCUGCUCCGUGCCUGCCCACCCUGGGACUGUCCCCUCCCCUCCCAGCGGGCGGACUGGCUGUACCCUGUGUAUUUUGUACCACUUCAAUGAAGGAGCACACUGCCCGGUGUGACUUGUACACAGCAAUGUAAUUAGUCUUUGCAAUAAAAUACUGAUGCUCAAACGUCCCUGCCUCAAGGCAGGGCUUGUCCUGUUCUCUUUCCCCAAAA